AUGAACAGCACAUCUGUCAGGUCCUUCCCUACCAUCAAGGCAGUGAAGACAUUCAUAAUAGAAGGAGUUGGUUCAGGUGGUGAUUAUCACAAUGUCAAAGGAGGUCACUGGCUGAUAGACAGUCCCAUCUCGACGCCUAUGUCGAAAUGGGAGCAAUAUCGGAAAUCCAGAACCUCGUGGGGCAUCAACGUCCUUGGUUCGUUUUGUGUCGAGAUCGAAGCCACUGAUGGCACCAAAGGUUUUGCAACUGGCUUUGGUGGUCCGCCAGCCUGCUGGUUGGUGCAACAACACUUCGAACGUUUCCUCCUAGGCAAAGACCCACGCGACACCAACGAGCUUUUUGAACUCAUGUACAGAGGCUCAAUGUUCUAUGGCCGGAAAGGUCUUCCAGUUGCAGUCAUCUCAGUCAUCGAUCUAGCAUUAUGGGAUUUGGUUGGCAAGAUACGAGGUGAACCUGUCUACAAGAUGAUAGGAGGUGCUACAAGAGAGAGACUACAUUUCUACUGUACCGGUCCCGAGCCAGGCGCUAUGAAGAAAGCAGGUUUCAUAGGAGCCAAGGUCGCCCUGCCAUAUUGUGCAGAAGAAGGUCAACCAGGCCUGCUGAAAAACAUUGCAUAUCUCAAGAAGAAGCGAGAAGAGGUCGGUCCCGACUUUCCUCUACGUGUUGAUUGCUACAUGUCAUUGAAUGUGCCCUACACGAUUGAGCUUGUCAGCGCUGCAAAGCGAGAGAAUCUCCACAUCGAUUGGUGGGAAGAAGUGCUCUCCCCUGAUGACUUCGAUGGCUUCCAGCUACUGAAACGAGCACACCCGGACACCAAAUUUACUACUGGCGAACACGAAUACUCCAGGUACGGUUUCCGUAAACUCAUCGAGGGGCGAAACGUCGACAUCUUACAGCCAGAUGUGAUGUGGGUUGGUGGAAUGACCGAGUUGCUGAAGGUCGCGGCUAUGGCCUCAGCAUACGAUCUGCCUGUUGUGCCGCAUGCAUCAGGUCCAUACAGCUACCACUUCGUGGUUUCGCAACACAAUUGUCCAUUCCAAGAAUACCUUGCUAACAGCCCAGACGGGAAGUCCGUCUUGCCUGUGUUUGGCGAUUUGUUCCUCAAUGAACCAAUUCCAGAAAGUGGUUACCUGGAUGUAGCUGUGCUGGACAAGCCUGGAUUUGGUCUUGAACUGAACCCGAAUGCUAGACUGGUGGAUGCAACUGGCCUCCUUGGGAUGGGUCCAAUGAAGUCGAUAACAUCGAAGGUCGAGGAGAGGCAAACCGUCGUGGACAAUACUUCUGCAAAACACACAACGUCAGGCGAUCACGUUGAGUAG